AUGACGGAGCCAGACCAGACGUGGUCGGAGGACGAAGUGGAGAGCGGAUUUAAACGCGUUUGUCAGGGAGCGAGGAAGAAAGACAUGACGGACGAGAAGGAGUUAUCGGAGGACGUCACGCGCAUCAUGGAGGACGCUGCAGCAGCGAGGAGCGGGCUGGGGGAGAACCACGUCAACCUGGCGGAGGUGGCCGAGUACUGCGAAGACCACUACCUGGAGGCAGCGGGUCCGGGGAAGGCCGUGGAGGACACCAAGCUGUUGACGGCUCAGUCUCUGGCCAGCGUCUCCUAUCAGAUCAACAGUCUGGCCUGCAGCCUGCUGAGACUGCUGGACCUGCAGAGCAUCCAGGUCUCACACAUGGAGUCCUCCAUCAACCUGCUGUCUCUGGCCGUCACUUUCCACCAGGAGAAGGUGGCCAGGAGAGAGAUCGGAGUUUUCACUGCUCCCAAAAAAAAGCCUCGAACCAAAAUCAUUCCACCUCCGAAAUCUGGCAGAGCAGCAGUGGGAUACUACAGCCGAACUCCCAUUUCCUACUCCGAGCUGGACUGCAUCGGACACUGCUUCCAGGUGACGUCACAGCAGUCCGGAAAGAAAACAGAAGCCACCACCGGCGUUCCCAACACAUCCAGUAUUGGCAUCGCUGUUCCUCCUCCAUCAGUCCCCAGUUUGUCCUUUGAUGGCCCUCUUCCUCCUCCUCCUCCUCCUCCUUCACCUCCGACUAAUCUUGACCAAAGUGUUGCUGCACCUCCACCUCCUCCUACGUCCUCCAUGGAUGCUGGAGUGCUGCACCCACCCCCGCCCCCUCCUCCGACUCCUCCUGCUCCACCUGUAUCAGGAGUGCUGCACCCAUCCCUGCCCCCUCCUCCUCCUCCUGCUCCACCUGUAUCAGGAGUGCUGCACCCACCCCCGCCCCCUCCCCCUUCCCUCAGCACCACCAGUACUAUUCCACCGCCCCUCAUCCUGCGUUAA